AUGCGUCUCGACGAGAUGCUGAUGGAGAGUCCCCCCCUGGCAGUCAAGGCAGUGCUGGACCGGGGAAGGUCGUAUUCGCGGGGAGGGUUACCUGCUGCUCUCGCUGCCGUCGCGGAUGAAGCGUCAGCUGGCGCUGCUGCUGGUGGUAGUGUUGGCGGUGCUGCUGGUGGUGCUGCUGCUGGUGGCGUGCGAGAGUCCCACCGCAAGCCCCUCCUCGCUCGCCACCGCCACCGCUCCGUCUCCAUGACUGCCGCUGAAAUCGCCAGACUUGCUGUUGGAGACGCGGGUCAUGCGACCAGAGCGGAAAGACAGGAGGAGGACGAGGAGGAAGAAGUGGAGGAGGGAGAGACGGAGGGCGCAGUGCAAAGGAGGUUCUUACACAAUUCGGAUCUGUAUGGGGAUGAUGCUAUGGAUGACGUCACGAGUGGGGCCUGGAGAGGGGAGGAGAGAGCGAUGGUGUCAGCAGCAGCAGCUGCCAUGCUGGACCUCGAUCUGUCUGACUCAGCAGUGGAUUCUGCCACGGAGGAUGCGUGGAUAGGGUCAGCAGGCCAUGUUCUCGGGCACAGGGAGAUGAGCGGCCGUGUGGAGUGCGCGGGAGAAGGGGAGAACGAGGAGGAGGGAUACUAUGAGUUGGACGAUGAGGAAGCUCAAGACGGGGACCAAGAGGGCGUGGCGGGCCAUGUCCUUGGGCUAAAACAGCCGAGCAGCCGUCUGGAGAGCAGGGGAGAGGGGGGGAAGGAGGAGGAGGGAUACUAUGAGUGGGACGAUGAGGAAGCUCAAGACUGGGACCAAGAGGGCGUGGACGGGAGUGAAAAUAAUUUAAGAAGAAGCGGCUUCAAAGGAAGGAGCACUAGAGAUGCGAGACUGUUAACCCCUGUGGGGCGAUCGGGUGCAGAGGAGUGGCAACGAGAGGGGCCUUCUGAGUCGACUGGAAUGGGCGUGGAUGAGUGGGAAAGUGACGGUCGAAUGGCCAGACCCUUGACCCCUGUGAGGCGGCAGGCGCGGAAAGAGACUUCGGAGCAGCAGGAGCGGCAGGAGCGGGAGGAGCGGGAGGAGCGGGAGGAGCGGGAGGAACAGCAGGAGAGGCAGGAACGGCAGGGGAAGAAAGGAGAAGUCGCUAGAGGUAAUAGCAGAUGGGAAGAGGGAGAGGGCAGCAAGGGCAAGAGCAGAGGGGGGAGAGGAGAGGAGGCUCGGGGUAAGGGCUGGCGGAGUAAAAGCGUAGGCGGGGGGCUUGGAGCGGAGAGAGAGUGGAACGGCUGGGGCAGGCAAGAGGACAGGGAUGGGUGCAAAGUGAAUGAGAGGGGUAGUGGCAAGUGGAAGGUGGAAGAGGAAGAGUUGAAAGUGAAGGGAAAAUGGAAGGCCGAUGAGGAGGAGGUGAGAGAGGCAUGGGACGCAGUGGGAGUGAUGAUGAGGGGAGGGGUGGAAGGGCGGAGACGGAAGGGUAUGGGACGAGAGGAGAGGGGAAAGGCGCAGGAGAGGGAGGAGUUAAGGCGAGAGGGAGAAGAUUUGGAUGAUGCUGUUUGUGGGAGUGAGAAGGGAAGCGGCUGGGCAAUGGGGAGUGGCUGGAGUGAGGGGAGCAGCGAGAAUGGAAAAAGGAGUGCAAGGGAGAGUCGCAAGUGUGGGAGUGAAAGCGGUUUGGGGGAGGGAGGAGAGGGGGAAGUGGGAGGUGAUGAGAUGGCUGCUGAGAAGGAACAAAGGCAGGGGCAGCAGCAACAACUGCACCAGCGACAGCAGGAGCAGGAGGAGCAACCAUCGCCACCACCACAGCCAAAGUCCCACCUCAUUCGCCUGCCCUCUGAGGUGACUUUUGAGUCGACUCAAAAGUCACCACCACAGCCAAAGUCCCGCCUCACUCGCCUGCCCUCCGCCUCUCUGCUCGCCCUUCAUCUGGACACAGGCACCCCGCUCCCUCUCGCCUCGGUCGUCAUUCCCCCAGACAUUGCCGAUUUUCUCGACACUGAUCCUGCUCCACAUAAUGACAAAGACUCGGCCACUGUAGCUCCUGCUCCCAACGUUCAAGCUUAUAACACACCGGGGGCAGCUACUAACGAAUCUGCUGGGGGGUCUGCUGGUGGCCCCUUGGCACGAGUGCAGAAGGGGGGGGCUGUUGCUUUUGAGACGGUCCAAAGCAGAAAGGCUGUUUCCUUUACAAACCAGCAAGAAGGGGAGCCAACGUUUGAGGCGCGUCAAAAGUCUGAAGCAGUGCAGACCAGUAAGGCUGCUUCCGCAGAAGGGCAGGAGGGGGAGAUGGGAAAGAGCUUGACUGUGAAAGAACGGGCUAUGAGGAAGGGGCUUAUGUCGAAGGAACUUGCAGACCUCAGGAGAGAUGGGGAGGAUGAUAGAGCGAGGGAUGGAGGACAUGGGAGCAGGGGCCUUGCGAAAGAUGAGGGCUGGGGAGAUGGAAAAGCUGCCUCUGGGGAGAGUGGGAAAGGGGGCAGCAGGAGGGCUGGGAAGGGAGGCUUUGUGAAAGCUGUUACUGUUCAGGAUAGGCGGAGGGGAGGGGGGAGAGAUGGGAUUGGAUCACAUGGCUCUAACUCCGGUUCAACGGGCUCAGGGAAGGUUUUUGAGUCGACUAAAGAAAAAGGAGACAAGAAGGGGGCCUUUCCUCGGUCGGGAUCGGAUGAUUCUAACUCCGGGUCAACGGACUUAGGGAAGGAUGUAGGGGAAGGGAGGGAGGAACAGAGGGAGAGGAGAAAAGGGCAGGGGAAGGAGGGGAAGGGGGGGAAGGAGGGGAAAGAGGGGAAGCAGCGGAAGGAAGGGAAGGAGGGGAAGCAGUGGAAGGAGGAAACGGAGGCGAAAGGGGAACGGUAUCCCCGGUCGGGAUCGAGUGAGUCUAGUGAAUGCAGUGAGGAACUGAAGGAGGACGGGCGAAAAGGGCAGGGAACGGAGGGGAAGGAGGGGCAGGAGGGGAAGGAGGGGCAGGAGGGGAAGGAGGGGAAGGAGGGGAAGGAGAGGAAGGAGGGGAAGGAGGGGAAGGAGGGGAAGGCUAUGAGGGAGGGGAAGGAGAGGAAGGAGGGAAAAGAGAGGAGGAAAGGGCUGAUUCCGCGUGUUGGUUCUUAUGACUUGAAAGAAGGCUCUCGGAAGGAGAGUGCGGCAGCGUUGUCUCUGUUUGGAAAGAUGGCGACCGGUAGAUUCGCGAAAGCUGAGAAGCACUCUGAGAAGCAAUCCUCUCAGUAUGAUCCUCCUCCUCAGCAGCACCAGCAGCACCAGCAGCAUCAGCGAGAGCCGGAGGAGGAAGGGGGCAAUGCAUGCAAGGUUUCAGAAGACAAGGAGGAGAGGGAGAGGGUUGGCGAGAAGCAGAAGAAGACAGGGGCAAAGCAGGGGUUUCUCAAGCGGCCUCUGGCUCUCCUUAACAAAGGUAAAGCAGCCAAAGGAGGGGCGAAAAUCCCCCUCCAAACAGUGUGCCAUUCCUCCGUUGCGCCACACACACUCGCCACGCCGCUGCGCGCCGAUUCGCGCACGCGGAAAGGCGCGGUUUCAGCCGUUGCCGUGCCGCGAUCAACGUCGAGGGUAAAUCUCGAUGCUCACGUGGCGAGCCGCGCCCACGUGGGCGCGAAGCAGCUGAUGGGUCAGAGCCUCCAUUCGGCGACGGAAGUGCUGCGAUCACGACACGUGGCGGGAGGGGAUUCGUGCGGAAGACGAGGGGUUGUCGAGAUGGUCAUCCCGUUUCAAAAGGGCGAGGCCACACAGCAGCCGCCACCGGAUCUCCCAUCCUACCUGUUCAAGAACCGCAUUGUGUUCCUGGGCAUGUCGCUCGUGCCCUCCGUCACCGAGCUCAUCAUGGCGGAGCUGCUCUACCUGCAGUACGACAGCCCUGAGAAGCCGAUUUACAUGUAUAUCAACUCCACGGGCACUACAAAGGACGGUGAGAAGCUUGGGUACGAGACAGAGGCCUUUGCCAUCUACGACACCAUGCGCUACGUGAAGCCACCGAUCUUCACUCUCUGUGUGGGCAACGCGUGGGGGGAGGCGGCGCUGCUGCUGUCUGCUGGAUCCAAGGGCAACCGGUCGGCACUGCCGUCCUCAUCGAUCAUGCUCAAGCAACCCAUCUCCCGGUUCCGCGGGCAGGCCACUGACAUUGAUAUCAUGCGCAAGGAAGUGCGGAAUGUGAAGGGUGAACUGGUGAAGCUGUACUCGCGGCACACAGGCAAGUCAGAGGAGACGAUCGAGAAUGACAUCCGGCGCCCCAUGUAUCUGACCCCUGAUGCUGCGGUGGAGUAUGGGAUCAUUGAUAAGGUUCUCGACACGGAUGCGAAGAACGACAGUGUUGUCGAUUCCCUUCGCAAACGACAGCUUAUUUAG